AUGAAAUCAUUCCAAGCACUUUUUAAGCGCUUCAUUGAAGCGUCAGAAGACAUUGAGUGGGACAAAAUUAAACUUUUGCCCGAUGAUGAGGUAAUUGUUGAUUUUCCCCUACUACUUCGCAACAAAUUCUAUUUGAUUGCAAUAUCUUCGAGCCAAAUCUUGACAGAUGUCUAUGAUAGUUUCAUCUACGCGCAGAGUUUAAUUUAUCAAUGAAGGUUCUACCUGAAAAAUGUUUAUUGCGUUUCAAGCUACAUUUAGUUUUACCUUACACUGUCUUUUCGUUCCUUUGAUCAAUAAAGAUCAAAGCUUAUUCGCAAUUACCCGAGAUAAGGGACCCAGACCUGAUCCGCGAACAAUUGAACAAACUAGUCGUAAUCAAACUUAAUGGUGGCCUCGGAACGAGUAUGGGCUGCACCGGGCCAAAGUCCCUCAUCUCCGUUCGCAACGACUUGACAUUCCUUGAUCUAACUGUGCAACAAAUUGAGGUAAUUACAGAUAUUUUACUUUUUUCUGCUUUAUCGACAACCAUCUUCACUUCCCUGUCAUUCAUCUGUCCUGUUACCUAUGAAGGGCAUCUUAUCUAAAACCAGAACCCGACGUUCUUCAUGUCGUACGCGUAAAAAAUAUGCCUCUCCAAAAAGUGGAAAAACACAGGCAUUUUUGAUAGUUUAUAAUCAAGUUUUGUUGACGAAUCUUGUAUAGAACAUCAAGUAUAACAUUUCUCUCGCAUGCUAAAUUGUUCCUCUACGUCUUUCAACAGAAGCUAAGUCGAGGUUUACCAAGAACUACCUAGAGAGAUGAGACAAAGCGGGAGAAGGGUUGAGUUCGGCUUUGGAUGAAGUCCGUCGGUUAACACUUAGACUGUUUCAUGCUGCAAAUUGGCUAAGGUGCCAUUUUUUGACUGCAGUUUCGACAUAAAAGUAAACCUAUUCUGAGUAAUUAGAAACGUUUUUGGCCCUUAAUUCUGUUAGGAUGGUAAUAUUUGCUGGUACUUCGAUUUUUCUCUUUAAGUAAGAUUGAAUAGAUUAAAAAUAAAUUUCGACGUUGUCACUGGCUUUCAUUUCGUUCGUAAAUUUUAGCUUCGUCAAGGCCACAGCGUCAAUUGUAUUUUUAUGCUAAUUUUUGAGACGUAAUGAGUAACUCGAUGAAAACGACUAAAACAAAAAAAGCAGUGGACUUAUUGAGCCAGACAGACUGCUUAAUACAGAACAAUGCCCUUUAGUCGACGAGUCUGUCAUUCUUAUCUUUUCAUAUGCUGUCUCUUAUAUUAGAAUUUUUAUGCAUUUUGGGGUUUUCCCUAUAACGAGUGUUUUCGCUUAUUUAUGGAAGGAUGAAGUAGAAGUCUGCUACAGUUGCAGGCACUGAUCACGCUUCUUUGAGAUUUCGAUAGAUAUUGAACCUUUGGCAACACACGUGACAGUUACUAAGGAUAAGACGUACAUUAGCUUUCAUUGGGGACAGAGGAAGCCAGCUAUCUUCAUUGCUUCGUUGGUUUGAGAAACCCGUCGGUUGCUUUCUUAUUUGUUGCAUUCUCUCUCAUGCUACUUUCUUUCUGAAGAAACUGAACACAAAAUACGGGUGCAAUAUUCCAUUGGUCCUAAUGAAUUCAUUCAAUACCCAAGAGGAGACCGCAAAAGUGCUUCACAAAUACAAAAAUGUCAACGUUGAGGUUCACACAUUCAUGCAAAGCAUGUAAGUUUGAGACUUAUUUUUUCCAUCCUCCACUUUGUUUCUUGCUUUUAAACAUUUUUUGAUCAUCCUGGAUUUACGAUCAAGUUCGUGUAGGUCAAAAUAUUUUACACUUGAUCUCGUACUUGUAGAAUGCAUGCGGAUGUUGUCGGGAUUUUGAUGUACUCCUCAGUAAUAUAAUCACAAUCUUAACCGUCAGGGGGAACAGCACGUAUCUCUUUAUUUAGUCAAACUGUUGACCGCUCCAUUUUUUGUUGGUAGAAUAGCGGAUUUAUGAAAAGCAAAACGGCCGAUGAAAAGACUGACCGUUAUAAUUACCACGAUGAGCGAAUUUGGAUAGGCUUUAAUGUCAAAAUAGAAAUUUUGCAAUAUCUGCCUUAACGGGUUAGAGCCUGUUUUAAUAGUUAUACUUCCUCACAACUCUUGUCCAUCAUCAACGAUGGCAACCCUGUAACCUCUUCUGGCCUCAGGUUGCUUUUUGAGACUUUCUACUAAUAAUUCGGCCCAACCGGGAGUUUGACGAUCCUCCGUAGGCUUCCAGAAAACGCUGAUGCAUUUCCAGUGACUAGCCAUUGUACUUAAUCUUUCUGCAAUAAAUCUCAAUUAAAGUAGAUCCAUCACAGGAGGUCCAGUAAUAAUUAGAAUUACAAACAAUGCAACACUAUGCAAACGAAUUUUUAUACGCCGAAUUGCAAGGCGGAUACCGUUUUCUAAAGUCGACACUGCACAUUUCUCUUCUACACUGAAAUUAGAUAUACUGAAUGAUGCAUCACAGCCAAAUUACAGACAGACAGUACGGUUAGAAUCAUGGUUUCUCGUUACCGGAUGUUUUAGAAAGGGUAAGACUUCCACCAAAUAAAAUAGAAAAUGCAGUGGAACGGUAUAUCCUUUUGAUAUAUUCGCCAACAAUUUUCGUUCUUUCUAGGUAUCCGCGCCUGAACCGCGAGUCAUUUAUGCCCAUUGUGAAAAGCGUAGACCCGGCCCUCCUCGGUGGCUCCCCAUCCUCUCCCGAGUGCUUCGAUCAUCCCGCCGUCGACCUCUCCGGAUGGUAUCCUCCCGGUCACGGCGAUGUCUACCGCAGCUUCGUACAAUCUGGUCUGGCUGCAGAUAUGUUGGCGGCUGGCAAAGAGUGGCUAUUUAUCUCCAAUAUAGAUAAUUUGGGCGCUUCGGUCGACCUUAGUGAGUUUGUUUCCACUGCUGCCUUCCUUGCUACUGGCCUCCUUUUUAUCAAUAAACGAUAUCCGGCGAACUAAACCAUCCAUUAAUUAGAAAUACGUCUCCAACAGUGUCGUAUGAAUCUACUGUCCUUGGUUCAAACUAUGAGUCUGAAGUCAGUCAAAUUGCCUAAGGUUUACUGAACCAAAAAUUCAGUAAAUUAGUCAAUCACACCAGGUCACAGCGUUGUGCGGAGACUUGUGCUUGCCUUUGAUCGUACCAUGUUCUCUCACCGAAAAGGUGGGAAUCUGCUGUCAUAUUUUUCGACGUCCUGGGAUAAUGAUAAACUACAAUGAUAGAGGUUUCAAUAGUCAGAAUGAAACCUCGCUAUAAAGACCAGUCGGAAGAAGACAGACUUUGUUGCUCGUCCUUGACGUCUGCACUUAACGAGACAAUUGUAAGGACUGUUUCUUCUCAGACGACUCUAAUUAAUCCUGCAAGGUUUCCUUGAGUCCUCACAUCAAAUUAUGGUAGUAUUACGUGAACUAUUGGAAGAAUUUGACAGCUCCCGUGUUACAAUGUCACAAACGUACGUGACAAGCGUAAAUUACCAAAGUAUUCCGUCAAGACUACGAUAACAUCCUUGUUCUUAGUGAAUCUGCUCCUGAUGCGGCAAUUAAGCAUAUUUGCGGACGUUCAUGAGUGGUUUGAGGAUAUUCACAGCUUUUGUUGUCAACUUGUUAACACCGUGCAUUUCAGAAGUAGACAAGCCUACCUUUUUCCCCCAAGAGAUACUUUAACAAACUGGGAAGUGAGGUCGUACCUAAUGACCGCUGUUUGGCCAUCUUUGUGUCGGUUCCCAAGAGCGGAGGCAAAUGCAGUUGGCAGAAACAUCGCAGUACGCGGUCCCUCGAAAGUAUCUUUGUUAUUGUAAAGAAGAUGAAGACCCGAUCUCUGGGACAGUGGGCUUAUUAGUCUGAGCUUUCGGUCUCGUACAGGAGGCCAUCGUCAGAGACUGUGAGAAGGCAACAUCAAAUGAGCGGUUUUUGUAGUCACGCCAUGAAGGGGGGGGGAGAGAUAUGAGUGCAGAGGGUGGUAUUCGCGAUAAGUUGCGUCCCACGCCGUCUCACGGUGGCGUGACUGCGUGCACCCUUGGCCGGAAAUUGGGUCUCGCCCCUUGGCCGCGGGAACGGAGCGCGUGAUAGCAGGGGGGUAUGUCAACGUGCCUGUUGAUAGAGUUGGUGUCAGACACCCAGGCCUCUAACAGUUCUCGUCCUGUCUUAUUGCUGGCCCGCGCCACUAUCCGCAUGCUCGCAAAGUUGAAUUCGUGGCCUUCCUCCAGGGUGUGAGUGGCGACCUGAGACAACGGGUCGCCUCUCCGGACCGCCCGUUUGUGCUCCGUUAUUCGUGAGCUAAGUCGUCGUCCGGUUUGUCCUGUGUAGUGGCGAGGGCAGUCCCGACAUGGGAUCUGAUAGACGACGCCCGAUUGUUCACCCAUGUCUAGGCGAUCCUUCACUUGCAUGAUUUUGCUGCGUAUGGUCGCUGUCGGGCGGUGAGCGGGUCUUCAUCUUCUUUACAACAAGAACCUGGGAUUCGCAUAUUCGCUUCCAUCUUUGUUAUUCUCUCCAGACGACUUUGAUUUCGAGCGACGCAACUGCGGUACCAAAACUAUUCGAACUCCUAACGGGAGAUGGGUGCGUUACCGGAAUAUGUAAACGUCUGAGCGUCCUCAAGUUCUGCUACAGACAUCAGGAGUCAGCUGCCUACAGAUAUUUCAAAUUCCUCGCCUUUUUGAUUUUGCUCAUCGCGAGUUCUUUUGGCGACUAAGGAAUCAAGAUGGCAUAUCAACCAAGAUUGUUGUCGUGCCCAAGUCCCACUAGCGUUUCGGUUUUUCCCUUUCGUGCUUAUAGUAAACUUCCAAACAAUCGAAAUUUAGUCACAUUUAGGGCUAGACUCGUCCCGUUCAACUGUGUAGUAAAUUGGAUACAAAGAAGUUAUAUCAGCUAACUUCUGCUCAACCAGUAAACCAUAACUUCUAAGGUCCGUUCAUCUGCUCGUGUACGUGUUUACCUCUAAUCCACUUUGCACCUUCCACUCGUGCGACUAGCCUUACCCAGUUUGCGCAUACAACCGCUACAAGGUGACCUACUGACCUAAUAACCGGCGGGACUAAAACGUAAUGACUGGCAUGCAGAUACUUUUUUGCGUACCAUGAUCCGCCAGAACUCUACCCUUACUUUGGGAUACUCCUUGCUAUGUUAUUUGAUGUGUUGUUUUGAACUAUAAAUAUCACUAACACACGGUAAUGACGCCGGGCAUGUUCCAUGUGUAAACCGUGAACAGCAUUGCCUCAGGGAUAUUCCGCAUGUCGCUGAGCUACGGCAAGGAAAUAAAUUCGAACCGACUAGAAAUUGAAUUAGCCACAGGUGCAUUCCCAUAUGCUGUUGACUGUGACGCCUAGGGUUAAAUGGACUCCGACUGAAACACAAGCCAUACAUGCCUAACACCACUGUAUUUAAUGUCGUCGUCAUUAUGAAAUUCGUUUACUAGGAAGUAAUUUCCUACCGAGCAUUACAAGCAGAGAUGAAAUUGGUGCCCGGAUCUUCUAGGUCAGCCAAACCUCAGCAGUCCACAGUUACCAGAGUCGAGCUGUCGCCGAAUUCGUCUCGUUGUUUGGAUGGCUCAGAAAUAUGGGCUGCCUGCCAACCCGAGACGAGGAACUUCAAUCCUUGUGGGAGUACGAAGAGAAAGUGGCAGGGACUUAUCCUAGCGUAGAUCUAUGUAUAUGAUUCCCUGAAUGGUUAAAACGGCAACCCAAAGCGACCGCUUAGUCUCCCAAAUGAAUCGUGUAAAAGAUACUCCUGACGUUUUCUACUAUCUCAACGACCAUUAAUGUCCCACUAUACUUCGCGCCCUUUCCGUCCGUUUUCUCUAACGUUUGUGAGCAAUGGGGUGUAUGUUGAUAGACCGCCACGAAACGGGCUACGCUGUUGAUGCACUGGACCGAAACGGGGGUGACAAUGGCUCAUGAUCAGCCUUUACUGACCUCUGUUGGGUCUGCAGGAGUCCUCGGCUGCUCCCGUGGAGAUACAUGGAAUACUUUAGGCGGAGGAAUUUACUCAACGUCUCAAAAGUGUAGUGGUGCAGUACCAUCCCACAGGAAACGGGCUACGGCCCGAGAACUGGCUCCUCUCCAUCUUUUAACAUACGUUACUUCUUGGAUCUUUGGUACCCCGUCUUCACAGUCGGUCAUAUGUGCGAUCCGAUCGCUAGAUCCCCCGCUAUAGAUGCCCGUGCGGGAGCUAAUAGAAGCCUAUUAUAUCAGACCUGUCAGCAAAAGUACGUAUCCAAGAGUCAUCUUGCGCACUGUUUACAGUUUUCAACUUUUCGGGAGCUGCCCAUUUUGGACAAUUAGGACCGAAGUUUCGUACUAUGUUUGUAAUCAAAAAGCAUCUAAUGCAUCUGUAGCUUUCUCCGUCUGUUAAUCGUUGGCUGCGGAGUAAUUAAGAACCCGUUAUUUUGAGAUUCGCCUCUUGAAUUCGGUGGAACAUGAAAGAAGACGCUGGAUUGCUGGACAGUAACAUGAGGGGACGGUCUAAAAGUGUUAGUCCAUAAGUAGGGUUGAACAGACUGUGCUGGCUGUGGUUUCCCCCAUAGCCGAGCUUGAAGACUGUAACACUAUAAAUUACCCCAAAGAGCUGAUCCUGGGCGUCCAUCUCCGGCAUACUUCUCUUACUUUCUGCCUUAAUGCAUUCUACGACGGGUACUUUCUACUUCAAGUUUUUGGGUUUGCUAAGAUCUCAUAAAUAGUUGGUCAUACAGGGCCACUUUUUAAUCACGAAUAUCACGUUUUUAGGGGUCAUUUAAGGCUUACCCUUGAUAAACAGAGGUCAGCGAUUUCAACUCGCCAAUUCUGUGUUUGGGUUUUAUUUUUGAUGAAACUUUCUAGCGACUAUUUAGAAGCCUGCUUUGCAUUUUCAGCCCUAGUGACUCGCGUGGCAAAUAUUUUAGCAUCCACUCCGCCACAGGCGUUUUGACUAGUGCAAGCUUGCACCCACAAUUAGUCGCGUUAGAUAUUUGUCUGUUAAGCAAUAGCUACUCAAAAGGAAAUCUCCUGAGACCCGUCAGCUGGUAGAAAAUUGACGUACUUUGUAUACGUUACUGCGCUCCCACUGAUUCCUGUUCGGUCGUAAAACAGUGAUGAACUGAUUAUCCUGCCUGAGUUUUUAUUUCUUUCGACUGUCUUUAAUUUACCGAGGUCGCCCCUUCCUCAACAAUCCUCUACUUCUUGCCUUCUUUUCUAACAGACAUCCUAAACUUCCUCCUGACUAGUAACAAGGGAACAUCUCCACCCGGCUUUGUCAUGGAGGUGACUGACAAGACCCGAAACGACGUGAAGGGUGGUACACUAGUCGCCUACGAAGGAAGGCUACGACUGCUGGAAAUUGCCCAGGUUAUUACCCUUUCCUGUUACAUUAUAUUCUGAUCCAGUAGAAGGCUUACCCCCUGAGAUGCUGACAGAAAUUGUAACUUUGCUGUUAACUCUGACUGGGCGAUAGAAAUACCGAAAAAUUUUGAAAAAAAUCGCAUGCUGAAUUUCAUAUCAAACUCUUAAUAGUCAACCAGAAAAAAUACUUAUGUAAGCAAUGUGCAUGUCGCGCGCAUAAUGGCAGAUAAUCCUUUCCCGACAGUGGAUUGUCGCUCAACUGCGAGUAUCUGCAAGGCCACCUGCAUUAUCGGUGGGAGGGGGAGGGCGGGUCCCUAUUCACGUGUUUUUCCAAACGAGAUGAGAAUGGUCGCUUCUGGCUUAUUCGCCAUCAUCCGCCACCUAUGCCUCAACCUCGGGCACGGAAGGCCUGAGAUUUAAUCCCAAUUUACUGGGAUAGAUUUUCAACUUACUGAAUCACGACCUCACGAGUUAUUUGUACCCUCAGCAACGUCUCAAAUCGCGCGGUAUUCGCAGCUUCAAGUACAGUCUCUGCGCUUGUUUACUGGCCUAAACCUGAUGAAGGAGAAAACAGUCUAAACUCGGGUGUGCCAUGUAGUACAUGGGUAGUGUCGUUCGUCAUGACAUUAGGGGGGGGAGAGGGGUGGAAAGGAGAGAGUGCGGUAGAUGUUACGUAAGUCCAUCAUCACUAUGAGCUAAUUCACGCGCAGUCACUAUCCCAGCUAUCUCGGUCAGCAUCGCCGGUCACGAUGGUCGAACUGUCGUGCAUUGUUGUUCAAAAUGAAUUAAUCGCUGUGGACGGUUAGAGCUUUGAUUCGAGGAUUACCCCCGACCCAAGAUUGUUUGAUUGCUGUAAGGAUAAGGACUAAAACUUAGCAAGCAUGAAGAAACGGCACAAUCCACGUAAAGAUGUCACGUUCCUCAAAAGAUUGAGACAAGCAACGGUGGUAAGGAAUGCAAAUCCGGGACGAUCCCCAAUUCGGGAGUCAGGAAAUGCACCCGGUGUCCACUAAGGGCAUAAAUAUGAGAAUUCAUGAAGUUUGGUCCUCUGGUAAGGCCAAAAUUUGGAUAAGUAUAUCCUCCUAGACAGCAAGUACAUCUUAACCAAAAUGAUGAUCACAGCCUCCUGCCGUAAAGUCUCGCCAUCACAGAUGCUUGUUUAGUUCUGUUCAGAACUCAAGACCUUCACAGUAGCUCUAUGCUUGCGCUGCUGGGAGUUUGCAUAGUUAUAUUUGCAUCUAUAAAGUGAAAGUCCUGACCCACCUCAAGGUCGCUUUUUGUCACAGCCAGUUCAGAUGUACAUGGCUGUGAUCUUAGUCUCCGUCCAGUUUUGCAUACGCAGUUACAGAAUAAAACGGACAUCGUAUCUGACAAGCAAGAUCAGAUUCCUCGUCAUGGUUUCACCGAUCCUCUACCCUCGAUAAGUCAGCUGCUUAUGACAGUUGUUGGUCGCUGAGCAACAUCGGAGGAAUACUGAAUGGGUUAUGUGCGCCGUUUUUUUACAUCUUCACGCGCAAGUCAUCACGCCUGCUUCACCUUGUUGUGGAGCCCCACGGUGGACAUCGUCGGCUGCGACGGUCGAACUGUCACAUAUCUUUGAAGAUAUCUUUCGUAAAAGUAUUUGAGAUAGUGUUUCGGUCAAAUAACGCCUUAUCGCAUUCUGCAGACUUUCAUACAUAAAGUAAAUUAACGAAAGUGCAAAAUUUACAUGAACUUUGACGGCAGUAUGGCCGUGUCUCAGUUUACGUAGCCGCCCGUUGUUAAUAACAUGGACUUCGCGGUCACAUUAGGACGGGUGCAGAAGUAAUCGCGUUAUCACAAAUAACAUGUUUACUCUGACUUCGGCGUGCCGUUAGUAAUUGAGCUCUCCAGAUUUUUGAUUUAUCGCUGGGUGCUAUUUUUGUAUACUAGUCGCGUAGAGGGGAUGGUGCCAUGGCUGGAAGUCCUUCUGGACACACCCUGUUUGUCAUCGAGUCUCACUGCUUCAGUUUGAAAUAAGAGGCACAAGUUCGGCUCACUUGCCCCCACCCAGCUUGGCUGUGUUGGUAAUCAGAAUGACAAAUAUUUACGUUGCGGUGAUGAUGAUGGUCAGACCGCAUCUGCCGAAAUUGGCAAAAUUUUCCGAGAAGCCCUAGAUCACGGUCAGUCGGUGCUGGAGUUUACUACUUCAUGAUGACACACCCUGGUCUUCGCUUGCCGUGCAGGUUCCAAAAGAGCACGUGGACGAAUUUACCAGCGUGCGCAAAUUCCGCAUCUUCAACACCAACAACCUCUGGGCUAAUCUAAAGGAGGUAGAGGAAUUAGUGAAGACGAACCAGCUAGCCAUGGAGGUCAUCUACAACCCAAAGACUCUGGACUCCGGUUUGAACAUUAUUCAAUUGGAGGAGGCUGCUGGCGCUGCCAUCCGAAACUUCCAAGGAGCCAUAGGUAGGUAAUGCGAACUCUCCUUGUUGCUACUAGCUGAGCUCGACCCCCUUUCUCGUGCUCUCCUUCUCCUGUCUAAUUUCCCGCUCUACUUGCCGAUGGGAGCGAAUUAGCAAUUUUUUCGCUAGGUAGUAUGUGUCAGUAGGAGCUUUAUCGUGUGUCAUCGUGUGUGCCACGGGGCGCUACGUCUAUCCAAAUAAUUAGGACAUUGAGCAAACAACUUUAUGCUGGUCCUAAUUUAGUUUCUCUUCGAUAGGAUAUGCUAGCUCUUUGGAUCAAUAUCUUAUAAAUGUUUAGUAUAUGAAAUUUUACGGUUAUGUGGAAAAAUUAAAACUCCAUUAUAAGCAGGCGAAGGCGUACGCUGUUAGCUGAAAUCAUGAUUAGCAGUCACAGUAGCUAGUGGCCAGAUAAUAUAUUUCACAGUUUGGGUCAUUUUUUAUGCUGUUGACUUGCUUUUCACUAGAGUUAAAACAUCCAGUUAGAAGGGUAUCUACGCAGAAUUAUGUUUGGUUUGUCGCAACUUCUAUAAGUUAUAUAUUUAUCUGCUCUGCAAACUUUCCCGCUUUAAAUGGUAGGCAGCAGGGUUGUCUCACGGAGGUGUCGACCGGCUGUCUGCCAUUACUGACAAAAGGGGAUUUAUGUGCAGAAUAUUUUGUUUCCUAGGUAUUAACGUCCCCAGAAGUCGUUUUCUCCCAGUCAAAACAACGUCUGACUUGCUGGUAAUGAUGUCCAACCUCUACGCCCUCGAGGACGGUCACAUCUUCAUGUCUCCAAAGCGCAGUUUUCCCUCUGUUCCGCUCGUAAAACUGGGAGAAGAAUUCAAGAAGGUGAAGGACUUCCUUGGACGCUUCUCCAACAUACCCGAUCUCCUCGAACUGGACCAUUUGACGAUUGCGGGCAACGUCUACGUUGGUCGGGACGUCUCUCUUAAGGUAUGUUUUUUUGGGUUGAGCCUACACAUGUGCCGAAAAAAAGCAGCAUUAAAGCGUUUCAGUCGGUGGUGGGGAUGGUAGAGGUAGUUGUAUUCGUCGUCGCGGUGCUUGUGGCAGAGCUGAUGGAAGUGGCGGGGAUCGGCGGCGGUAGAGCACGGGGAUUCGGAGUGGCGGUGGUGAGGGUAGGGGCCGUUGUGGUCGGCACGGGAGUUAGAGCAGUGGCGGUCGUGGCGGCAGCAAUUGCGGUUGUCGGGCGAUUGGUGCAUUGGGUCCGUUGAUGACCGACGAUGCUGAUCCGCGCCUGUAAUAUUUGUUGACGGUACGGGCUUGCUGUGAGCUUCUCCCUUGGCUUAAGCGACGGCAGCGAUCCGGUUUGCUUUGUAGAUUACUGAGCCAGUUCUUACUGCUUUUCUCCAGACCGGUCUGUUCUGGGCGACGAUCUCCCAGGUCUUCGAAUUAAUCGCCAGUCUCUCCAGAGUGUUCUUGCAGUGUCACUUUCCUACCGACCGGCGAGCACCCGUAACGACAUCUUCGCAAAAGAUUCAUUUGCAUCCAUCCUCACUAGGUGGCCGCUCCAUCGCAGUUGCAGUUGCCUCAGCAUGGCGUGGAUGCUGAGACUUCCUGUCCGUCCCAGAACUUCCGUGUUUGGGAUCCUGUCCUAGUGGCAUCGGAGAUUGUAGAGGGCGGCUUAGAACGCUUCUGAAGUGCUCGGCCCAGCGCUUCAGAACCGGUGGUUUCUCCGUCAGAAGCGCAGUUCCAUCAGAGCUUAGAAGUGGUAUGGUUCCCUUAGUUGGGGUACCUUAGAUUACUUUGAGUGAUGCGAAGACGUUCUUGAGUUCAUUGCGGUCGACAUAUCUCCGAAUUUCCUCGACCGUGCGAGCCAUCCAGGCGUCCUUAACCCUCCCCUGUCGCUGCUACACGGGGCGACGAUGGCGGAAGAAGGCCGCCUUGUUUAGGGCGGUCCGAUGUUUCAUGUAGGCCUUGUGUAGCCUGUGCUUUUGAGCGUGCAGUUGGCUGAUGUCUCUGUCUUUGUCAUCAAACCAGUUCUGAUGUUGACGACGUGCGUCACCAAGGAUGUCCAAAGCAGUCGAACGAAUGGCAGUCUGCGGUGGACGCCAUCGGGUUUCCACCAGGAUUUUUCGUCGGCGACCGCCAGUGCCUCUAGGCGCUGGGCUAAAUGACCGCUGAAAUGCAAACUGUGAGAAAGCAAAUUCAACAGAACAGUAUUUAACUUGCCUGGUGGUCGCUUACUUUGUGGCCUCCUGCUGAGUUGCACUCGGAACCUCAUCUUAGAGGUUACGAUACGGUGAUCGAUCCAGCCAUCGGCGUCUCAGAUCGCCUUGGAAACCAACACGUCCUGUCGAUCUUGCCUCGGGGCGAGAACGUACUCCAUCAGCUGCCAGCGCCGCGAGCGGGAGUGCAUCUAGGUCGCCUUCUUCCGCGUGGGCAGGAGGGGGCUGUGUUCUGCGCAGGUUCUCAGGAGAAUGAGACCAUUGUCAUUGCAACCGCCGACUCCGUGGGGACCUAGCACUCCCCUACAGGCAACACAGUCUGUUCCAACGCGGGUAUUGAAGUCAUCAAGGUCAACCAGUUUGUCCGUCUUUGGUACAGUUGCUAGGAGGACGUGCAGGUUUUCGCAAAACUUGGUCUUCUCUUCGUCUUAACUAGUCAUUGUGGGGGCGUAGACAGUGGCAAUAGUGGCGAAUUUAGAUCCCCGAAGAGGCAGACUCAGGGUCAUCAGCCAGUUGUUGAUACCCUGUGGCAGACAGCGCAGUCGUCUCACGAUAUCGUUCCGGAUGUCAAAGACGACACCAGCGUCGUGUUGCUCUGCCUUUGGGCGUCCGCUCCAGAAGGUAUAGCAGGUACCCAUCUCCUCCAGUUAUUCUUUUUCGGAGAAGCGGGUCUUACUGAGAGCAGCGAUGUUCACCUUGUUGUGCGCCGGUCCUCGAGCGACCAGCGCCAUCUUCCGAUGCGAUCGACUGCUCCUCAGAGUGUCUAGAGGAAAACGAACAUUCCAGGCUGUUAGAAUAAGUGGAAUCACUUGAGCAGGCCGUAGGAUAGGGAAGGGGAGAUGGGGACAGGUGUCGGUGUCGUUGCUUUGAGUGUUUCGGCCGUAUGUUUUGCGUUUGCGAACCACGGUCAGCAUGUAAGUGCGUGGUCCCAGCACUUGUUCAGGGUAUGUUUUCUAGCCCCUUCCCCGCGAGGAGGUAAGCAGUGCUUUCCCUAAAUAGGGCUACUUGGGCGUCCCAGACGGCUACCGACCCGAAUUGACCUGAGCCGCCCACGGGAUUGUAGGUCUUAAUGUAUGUUUCAAUGCAUUGACAUAUAGAAACCGAAAUUAAGCAUGACAAUUAGAAGAUAAACAUUAGGUGUCUACAAAGACCGCUUCUCAACUCUCUGAUCUGAGGUCAUUGUAUAUAAUGCACCAGACUGUCUACAACAGAAGACCCAACCUUGUACGAUGAAACGCCGGAGCGAAAUAAUUUUGUCGGACUAAAACCAACUUAAAUAAGUAUAGUAGAUAUUCUUUGUAUGCUGCAAAUGCUUGGGAGGCUUCACCCCAUUCUUACCGUUCUACGAUCAUCCCCCGAAGUUGUUUCAUAUAUAGAGGCAGACAGUAGCUUCAACCACCAUGCAUUUGUGCCAGGCUCUUGGUGCGUAGGAGGACGCUGUUACUAAUUCCGCAUGCGUUGGCCGUUAAGGGUGCGCGGACUGGCGUCCUGUGUUGGCACGCGCUGCCGCCGCAGUCAGCAUUGUCCGCGAAGGUCCUACGUGACUCUGUCACUGCUGCUGCUGCUGCCGUUCUUUUCGUGACUGGCCUGGCUGCACUGCUCGUUGCGUGCUUAAGUGUGCGCAUGCAUUUGGGUGCACACAUGUUGCGGGCGUCGCUGCCGGUGCGAUCAUUAUUAUAAGAUACUUACGCCACGGCCACGAGCUCUGAGUGUAAAAAUCUGCCGCCUCAGACUCGGAAGCAAGAAAAGUAGAAACUGCGAGUCGGCAUUCUUCUUCUUCUUUAUCAGUAAUCAGGACAGAUGAAUUGCAUAAAAGACAACUAGCGAUACCUCAGCACAAUGAUGUCAAUUAGUCCUCUGCAAGCGAUUUCCCGUGAGCUUUUAGUGUCGCUCUUAUUGUCAUAAUAUCCGCUGAUUAGUAGUUUCAAGUUCUGCAAACGACAGUCAAGCGAAAUGAAGCUCCGAAUUCUUCUACCUUUUCCCAAAUGCCGAAUUCUAAAGUCGAGGGUUUUGGUAUAACUUAGUUUUUUACAAAUUAUUUCAGGUCUGUUUAAUUUGUCUAACUUGAAUGUUUUAUUUUGACCCAAUUGUGAAAAACUCGGCGCCUAGGUGGGAUUCGAACUCAUGCAGUAAGGAGAGGGCUUUAGUACAGCCAACGCUCUAGUCACCUGAGCUACGAGUCUCCACCGGAAGCCGUUAGUUUAGUCACUUUUGGGUUAAGUUACCCCACCAGUCUACCGCAACGUAUGCAAUGUACCAAAUCUGAUACGGUUAGCUUACUGCCCAAACAGGAUUUCCUAAGCAAUACAUCUAUAAUCCACCAGAUGACCACCAGGCUCACGUAAGUAAUAGGUGUCUGCAUAAAUUAUUCAAAAUCUGCCAAAACACCUAUUACGUACAGUUGAAUUUGUUCUAGUGUCUGAGACGAGGUAGACAAGAAUGGCCGUUUCCAACCUAUUUACCAUCUUCAAACAGUUCAAGCUUGGACUCCAGGCCGAGAAGGCCAGGGAUAUGAACCCAUCAUACACUGAAGUUUAUUGUCGUAGCCGUUAACCUGCGGACCGGGGUUACGGCUGAAAUCACUAGCGUCAGUAUUAGUACUGCUUAGUUGUCUGAUCCGCUUACAGACAGAAACAAUUUCUGCGACUACCUUAUGAUCUAGACUAAGACCCUCUUAGGCAGUAGGGCAACGACAACUCACUAGAGGUCUGCCUCCAAACAGAAGGGCCAAGAUAGACCUAUCAGUUCUGGUUUGUUUGCUCUCUUCAGACAGAAUUACUUCGCAUAUGCACAUGCCUACUGCAAUUAUGGCUGCGAAAAAAACCUGACAAUAUCUUGUUUUUUUUAUGAUUUCAGGGGACCGUCAUCAUAAUUGCUAACCACGGUGACAAGAUAUGCGUUCCCCCGGGAUCAAUGCUCGAAAACAAAAUCGUUUCAGGCAACUUACACAUACUCGAUCACUAG